GGGAACUUAGCGGAAAUGCAGAACCUCAGGCCCUGGCCCAGCCUUACGGAACCAAAAGCUACAUGGAACAAGGUCCCAGCAAAGCAUCUCGCCUGUGACUUUGAGUCGGGUUUCUGCGGUUGGGAGCCAUUUCUCACAGAAGAUUCACACUGGAAGCUGAUGAAAGGAUUGAAUAAUGGAGAGCACCACUUUCCUGCAGCUGAUCACACAGCAAACAUAAAUCAUGGAUCGUUUAUUUAUUUGGAGGCACAGCGCUCCCCCGGGGUGGCCAAGCUUGGAAGUCCUGUUCUUACAAAAUUGCUCACUGCCUCUACCCCAUGUCAGGUGCAGUUUUGGUAUCAUUUGUCUCAACAUUCAAAUCUCUCAGUUUUUACAAGAACGUCUCUAGAUGGAAACUUGCAAAAGCAAGGCAAAAUAAUCAGAUUCUCCGAAUCUCAGUGGAGCCACGCAAAAAUUGAUCUCAUUGCAGAAGCGGGAGAAUCUACUCUACCUUUUCAGUUAAUUUUGGAAGCUACUGUUUUGUCAUCAAAUGCUACCGUUGCUCUAGAUGACAUCAGUGUGUCCCAGAAAUGUGAAAUUUCCUAUAAAUCACUACCAAGGACCAGUACACAAAGCAAGUGUAAGUUUUUCCUUGUCGUUGUUGCUGUUUUAAACAUUGAAUUAAGCUCUUCUCAGUAUCAAAAUAUAAAAUGUAUUAGAGUCACGAAUACCUAAUACAGGGUGUGGAUUAUAUCACCUGUUCUUGAAACCUAAAAUAUAUAUAUAUAUAUAUUUUAAAAGGUAAACAACUGGUCUAGUCCUUAGGCCUCUCUUCCAGUAAUAUGGAAAAUAUUCUAUGCUUGCAGCUGAAAUUAUUGCAUCCAAAUAUUUUAAUUAUAAAUAUUAUGAAAAAAUUAUAAUUAUUUUGCAUAUUUUAAAUACACUUUUAUAAAUAUUCACUUCUCCAUUAAUUUUAUUCAGAACUUCAAAUGAGCAUGUAAUAAUAUUCAUAUUUCAGGAUCACCCAGGAGUUCAAAAAAAGCAAAAAGCUUGUGUUUGGGAAAAUGAUGUAAGGCCAACCAAAAUUUAAAACUGGACCUUAAAAUUCUGUGUUUCUAUUCAAAAUUUAAUAUUUUCAAAUCACAGAUGGAGUUUGUCUAAUUCUUUGACUAAAUUUUUUGGAGAGAAUAUCAAUUACAGGCCAGAAAUGUUGCCAUAAAAAUGGAUCUCAUAUAGUCAACUAUGUAUUUUAAAACCUAAUCAUUAUUUAGAUUCUGGGAUCAUGUACACAUUGAAAGAAUUUACACUAUACCUUCAGUUACUUUCUCUUUCUAGUACUAAUUGAUGUUUCUCUCUGACCACUCCUACCCUCAGAUCUCAAUGAAUCUGACAAUAUUAAAAAUGUUUUCUGAAAAGUGUCACACUUUAUUUUUCUUAAUCUGUAUCUAUGGAAAAGAUUUGCAUAUGAAAAUCAGACAUACUGUAUAUUCCUAAGUUAUAUUUACUUAAACAACAUAUUUAGUGAGUGCAACAGUUGUAUUCUUACAGGAGCUGAAUGGACUAAUCAAGAAAAAUUUGGGUCACAUGAUUCUGGAUUGAGACGAUUAAAGAACUUUUAAUUAAA